GCUACUACUAAUCCUGAAGCAGAAAUCGAUAUUACUACAUCUGAAGAAAAUAUACCCACAAAAGCAAAUGCGGCAACGGACGAUGAUACCGCUUCUGAGUGGGAACAACGUAUCUCUAGGUCACGUAAACUGCCAUAUUAUUACAAUCGAUUGACCAAAGCAAGUACCUGGGAAAUUCCCGAAGGAGUUGAUCCAAAAAAGAUUAAAAAUUACGAAAACCUUGAGCAGGUUGGCGGUAAUGUGCAACAGCAACAAAUACGUGCUAGUCACCUGCUGGUUAAGCAUAAAGAAAGCAGACGACCUAGUUCUUGGAAACAAGCUACUAUCACACGCACAAAAGAAGAAGCGCUGGAGCUGAUUGAAAGUUAUCGAUUACGAAUUAAAUCUGAUGAGACCACCUUAGCCGAGUUAGCCAAGAACGAAUCUGAUUGUUCUAGUGGUAAACGUGGAGGAGAUCUCGGGCACUUUGGAAAAGGACAAAUGCAGCCAAGCUUUGAGGAAGCUGCUUUUAAGCUUGAAGUCGGCGAAUUGAGUGAUCCAGUGUGGAGUGAUAGUGGAGUUCACUUGAUUUUGAGGACAGAAUGA